AUGUUGUAUUUCAUCGUUUCGCUUUUAUGUUUUGCAUUUCAUUUGAUUAAUUCUGCUCAUUAUACCAAACUAGAAACAUGCUCGAAUGAAAAAUGUCGUUUACCCUAUUGCUAUUGUUCAAGUCAAACAAUCCCAGGCUCAUUAACACCACGAAACACACCACAAUUUUUAUCAAUAUCGAUCAAUGGGCCCAUUGAUGUAACGGUAUUUAAUUUGUCUCAAAAAAUAUUUCAUGUUAAUGAAUUUAAAAAUCCCGAUGGCUGUCCAAUCAGUGGAACAAUAUUUUUAAAAAAUCAUGCUGAAACUGAUUAUUGUCUCGUACAAAAACUUGUUCAACGUGGAUUUGAAUUGAGUAUUACAUCAAAUUCUUCAGAAUGUCCAACGAUGGAUUGUCGAAUAAAACCAAAAUCCGAUAAAACUCCCUUUGUUUCAUGGCGAAAAGGACGUUGGUAUAAUGAAAUAAUUUUAUUUCGAGAAAUGAUUCAAAAUCGAACUCGUAUUCAUCCGUCCACGAUUGUUGGUCAUCGUUCACCAAAUUAUGAAAUAAAUUUACGCAAUAUUCAUUACCAAAUAUUGAGAGAAAAUAAAUUUUUAUAUGAUUCAACAUUGGUCGUCAAUGAACCUGGUUUAACAUACACAUCUCAACAACCUUCACCACUCACAUGGCCACAUACAAUGGAUUUUGCACCCACCUAUGACUGUUCACAAGGAUGCUAUACCCAAUCAUUUCCUGGCUUAUGGACAAUACCCAUUCAUAUGUAUCAAGAUACAGAAGGUCGUAAUUGCACAACUAUAGGCAGUGAUCAUUGUCGAAUGCCUCGUACCGUUAAUGGGUUUUUUAAUUAUUUAAAACAUAAUUUUAAUCGUCAUUAUCAUUCUAAUCAUGCACCGUUCAUUAUUGCUCUUGAGUCAAGUUGGAUUAAUGAAGCACAUCAAGAAUGGCGUUUGGAAGGUUUAAUGCAAUUUGUUAAACAUAUAUUGAAAUAUCAUAAACAUGAUGUUUAUUUUGUUCGAAUGAUCGAUAUUAUAAACUGGAUGUUGAAACCUAUUGAAUUAAAACAAAUGAAGAAUGAUGGAGGAUAUCUUUCAUCAAUAUCGUUAGUAAAAAAUUGUAAUAGUACAUUGAUAUCAGCACAAUAUUACUGUUCAAAUGAAAAGGAUGAUUUAUUGGUAAAGAAACAAAAUAACAGUUUAUGGUUAAAUGAUGAUAUUACUGGUGAACAAUUAUUUAAUUUUAUCUAUAAUCUAGUCAUUCAGGAAUAUGCUCUAUUCCUAUUCAUCUCAGCUUUUUUAUUUUCAAUUCAACAUACAACGAUGACCGCGUCAGCUGCUGGUGCUGCACUCUCAUCAAUGUUAAAUAUAAUGCGAAAACAAAGUUUUCGUUCUGACUUUGUACCGUUAAUGGACUACACUCAAGAAGAUACACAAGGACAUAAUUUAGAAUGGAUGAAUAAACCAAUUGUAAAAUAUAUAUUUCGUUUAACUGGACUAUUUAGUUUUAUUAGUGUUUGUAUGAAUACACCAAAAACAUUUGAAGAUAGUUGGUGGUUACAAUAUGUAACAUUCAUUAUUGAUAUUGUUUGUGCAAUUAUACUUACCAUAGAAAUGGCAGCAAAAAUUAAAACGAGAGGAAUUCUAUCGGGUGACGCACCAUAUUUUCGUGAUCGAUGGAAUCAAUUUGAUGCUGUUAUGGUCCUAUGUAUAUAUUGUUCAGUUAUAUUACAGAUAUUUGAAUUGACAAAAUUAAUUGGAAGUUAUACCUAUUUUACUGUUGUACGAUCACCAAGACCAUUUAUUCUUGUUAAAGUAUUGAAAACAUUUUUAAAAUUUGAAUUGCCAAAAAGUCAAAUAAAAUCGAUUUUACAACGAUCGAGUUCACAAAUCUAUAAUGUAACCAUGUUUUUUCUAUUCUUCAUGAGUUUAUACGGUAUUUUGGGUGUACAAUUUUUUGGUUCAUUAACAUUCCAUUGUGUACAAAACGGAACAGAUACGGAAAAUGUGACAAAAGGUGAUUUAAUGAUACCCGAUACUUAUUGUUCGCCAACAAAAGAUGGUUUUCAUUGUCCCGAAGGAUUUGUUUGUGAAAAAAUUGAAAUUCCUCGAAAUCAACGUGGUUACAACGCCACAAGCUUUUUUACCGUCUAUGAAGCAGCAUCUCAGGAGGGCUGGGUUUUCUUAAUGUAUCGUGCUAUUGAUAGUUUGCCAUCUUGGCGUGCAUUUUUCUAUUUUAUAACAAUGAUAUUUUUUCUUGCAUGGCUUGUAAAGAUAGAUAAUGACUAUUCAAACGUAUUUAUCGCUGUUAUUAUUGAAACAUUUGCUGAAAUUCGUGUUCAAUUUCAACAAAUGUGGGGUUCUCGUGGUGCACCAGCUGAUGUUGAAGCAACAAAAGUAUUGCAAAAAGCGGAUGACAGUAGUUUGAAACUUGUCAAUAUUGAUGAAAAUAAAAAAAUGGGUUUGGCACCCGUUAUAUUUCAAAAAAUUGCUCAAUCACCAAUAUUUACGACGACGGUUAUGAUUGUUAUAUUGGCUAAUACAAUAUUUACGGCAACAAUUAAGCAUACACAUGACGAACGUAUUGAUAAGAAAAAUAAAGCAUUAUACUAUUAUAUAGAAGCAUUAUUUACAUUAUUUUUUGAUUUGGAAGCAUUGUUUAAAAUGUUUUCACUUGGUUUUAACAAUUAUAUUGGUCGUUCAAUAUUUAAAUUUGAAUUAUUAUUGGCUGUUGGCACAUCAGUUCAUUGUAUACCUUUUUUUUAUCGAGGUGAAUAUUUUUUGACAUAUUUUCAGGUUCUUAGAGUUGCACGUUUAUUAAAGUCUAGUCCUUUAUUAGAAGAUUUUAUCAACAAGAUAUUUGGUCCUGGACGAAAACUUGGCAGUCUUAUUUUAUUUACAAUGUGUUUAUUAUUAAUAACAUCAUCGAUUAGUAUGCAAUUAUUUUGUUUUAUUAAAAAUCUUCGACAAUUUGAAACAUUUCCUAGAGCAUUAAUGUCUAUGUUUCAAGUUUUAACACAAAAAGGUUGGGUUGAUAUUAUGCAUUAUACAAUGGUUGCAAGUGUUUGGUGGAUGGCACCAGCAUGUGCCGGCUAUUUUAUUAUUUAUCAUGUUGUUGUUAGUCUGAUUGUACUUUCAUUAUUCGUUGCUGUCAUCUUGGAUAAUCUUGAAUUAGAAGAAGAUGUUAAAAUGAUUCGACAGUUAAAAACACGUGAAGCGAGCACUGAAACACAACAAAAACUUCCAUGGCGUCUAAGAAUAUUUGAACGUUUUCCUGAUCAUCCACAAAUGGUACAAUUUUCACGUUUACCACAUGAAUUUGAAGUACCAAAAAUUCGUGAUAGUUUUAUGAGACAAUUUCUUAAUCAAGAUGAUAUUUAUACAAUUCCAUUAGAAUUAACGAUAAAUAUUUAUAGUAAAAAACAUGCUGUUAAAACAAUUCAUUUACCUGAACAUCGACCAACUGGUGAAAGUAUGAAACGAUCAGCUGUAUCAAAUAUUGUCAGAAGUGCAAGUAAUCAACGAUUAUUAAGUGGUGAUCAAUCACAAGUUCAUCUUGCCAGUAUGAAUGAUAAUAAAAUAUCUGUGCUUGUUCAACAAAAUAAAAUACGUUUAGAUCGACGAAAUUCUAUGAGACGUUCUGGUUAUCGUCCAAAACCCGUACAUGUUAUUAGAGAAAAUGGUGAUGUAGGAGGAUUUUCAGGUCGACUUCAAGAUGAUUAUGAUAUUAAAGUAUUUCAAUAUAGAAAACAACAAGCCGAAUUAAAACGUAAUCAACAAGAAGAAGAUUUAAGAGAGAAUCAUCCCUAUUUUGAUACACCAUUAUUUACCAUUGCUCGUGAAAGUAAUUUUCGAAAAUUUUGUCAAUUAGUUGUUGAAGCACGUUAUAAAGUAAAUGCAAAAGAUCCUAUUACGGGACAAGAAGCAAAAAGUCGAUAUAAACAAUUACAUAAGUUUCUUGGUCUAGUGACAUAUAUCGAUUGGAUUAUGAUUAUUGUUACAAUUAUAUCGACUGUCAGCAUGUCAUUUGAAACACCAGCUAAUAGAGUUCUUGAUCAACCAUUACUACAAGUUGCCGAAUAUACAUUUGUCAUAUGUAUGAGCGUUGAAUUAACAUUAAAAAUAUUUGCUCACGGUUUAUUUUUUACACCACGAGCAUUAAUCCAUGAUUUUGGUGGUCUUGUCGAUGUUCUAAUAUUUCUAGUUAGUCUUAUAUUUUUAUGUUGGCUACCGCGACAUGUUCAAGCCAAUAGUCCAGCACAAAUAUUUAUGCUUUUACGUUCAACAAGACCAUUAAGAAUAUUUAUACUUGUACCAGAUAUGAGAAAAGUUGUCUACGAAGUUUGUCGAGGUGUUAAAGAAAUUUUAUUGGUAUCAAUAUUGUUAGUUGUUCUUAUGUUUAUAUUUGCCAUAUACGGUGUUCAAAUUAUUGGUGGCCAAUUAGCCCGAUGUAAUGAUCGAAAACAUUAUAAAGAUCAGCCAGCUUGUCAUGGUGUAUUUUUGAGAGAAUUAUAUGUUUCAAAAAUGAAUUUAAGUGGUAGUAGUCCAAUGAUGCUUGUACCAAGAGUAUGGGCUAAUCCUCAUAAUUUUAAUUUUGAUAAUAUUGGUAGUGCCAUGUUAGCAUUAUUUGAAGUACUAUCAUUAGAAGGAUGGCUAGAAAUUCGUGAUAUAAUUAUGGAUAGAAUGGGCUCGGAACAUGCAAUAUUUGUUCAUGUAUUUGUCUUUAUUGGUACAUUAAUUGGUUUAACAUUAUUUGUUGGUGUUGUUAUCGCUAAUUACAGUGAAAAUAAAGGUACAGCAUUGUUAACCGUUGAUCAACGUCGUUGGAUGGAUUUAAAAGGACGUAUUAAAUUAUUUCAACCAUUGCGUACACCAUCACGUCCAGAAAAUAGUACUUUUCGUUCAUAUAUAUUUGGAAUAACACAACAUAAAGCAUUUAAAAAAUCAUCAGCUGUUCUUUGGAAAGUUGAAGAUAGAAUAACGCGAAUAUCAGCAUUAAUGGCAUCCUUAUUUACAUUUUUAUUUCUUGUCGAAGCAUUUAUGAAAUGUGUAGCAUUAGGUAUAGUUGGUUAUUGGCAAUCACGACGAAAUCGUUUUGAUUUAUUUGUUACCAUUCUUGGAUUAGUAUGGAUAUUAUUGAAUUUUGUAUCAUUUGGAAAACAAGACAUACAAGAAUUUAGUAAUACAUUUGGUUUUACGGUGAUUAUUCUUCGAUUUUUUACAAUUGCUGGCAAACAUGCUACAUUAAAAAUGCUCAUGUUAACAAUUAUUGUGUCAUUUUUUAAAAGUUUCUUUAUUAUAUCUGGCAUGUUUUUAUUAAUGUUAGUAUAUGCAUUUGCUGGCGUUAUUUUAUUUGGAUGUGUCAAAUUUGGUCCCGAACUUGGACGACAUGCUAAUUUUAAAAAUGUUCCCAAUGCUAUUGUACUUUUAAUGAGAAUUGUAACGGGUGAAGAUUGGAAUAAAAUUAUGCAUGAUUGUAUGGUUGUUCCACCACGUUGUACUCGUGGUUAUGAUUAUUGGGAAAGUGAUUGUGGAAAUUUUACAGCAUCAAUAUUAUAUUUUUGUUCAUUUUAUAUCAUUAUAACAUAUAUAGUUUUAAAUUUAUUAGUCGCCAUUAUUAUGGAAAAUUUUUCAUUAUUUUAUUCAAAUGAAGAAGAUGCAUUACUUAGUUAUAAUGAUAUACGACAUUUUCAAACAGUAUGGAAUAUGGUAGAUAUUUCAAGAAAAGGUGUUAUACCAGCGAGACGAGUUAAAUUUUUAUUAAGAUUAUUAAAGGGACGAUUAGAGGUUGAUGCAGAAAAAUUGUAUAAACAUAUGUGUUAUGAAAUAGAAAAAUUGAAUAAUGGCGCUGAUGUUACAUUUCAUGAUGUUUUAAAUAUGUUAGCCUAUCGUUCUGUAGAAAUUCGUAAAUCUCUACAAUUUGAAGAAUUAUUAGCUCGUGAAGAAUUAGAAUAUCUUAUUGAAGAAGAAGUAGCCAAAUUAACAAUUCGAAAUUGGUUAAAUAGAUGUUUGAAACGAAUUAAAGCGAAAGAUCAAUCAAAUGUAAUUAAAAGUUUACAACGAAGUAAUGAAUUAGCAUUUUUUCGAGAAGCACAAGCUACAUCAUCAGAUCCCCAAAAGAAAGCUGAUGAUGAUCGACGAACAAAAGAUGAUAAACAUAAAGAAACAGCGCGAAGAAAAUUGGAACGAUGUAUAACGUUACCUACUCCAGCGGGCGAAACUGCAAACUAUCGAUCACAAGCGAAUAUUCCCAAUGAUACAUCUGUGAGAUUAGAUCAAAAAAAUUCUAAACGUCUACCGACAAGCUAUUCAACGACAAUUGAUGAUUCUUAUCCAUGGCGAAGUUGGACAUCGACAAAUUCGGCUGAGAAAAAAAAUGUAGAAGUAGAAGCUUGGUGGACAAAUCAAUUUCAGACUACAAAUUAA